GGGAAGUAACUCACUUUUUUCGUAUUUCCUCAACAAAAAUGGUUGUAGGGGCAGAACAGAAAGCUAACCCAGCCGAUGUUGUUCUGGUUGUUGAGGCCACUGCAAAUCUUAGUGCCUACAUUGAUGUACUGAAGAAAUACUACAUUAUUCCUUCUCUGGAAGUUUUCAAUGGAGGCCCUCCUGACCCAACAGACAUUGGACAUGAUUACAGUUGUUCGCUAUACAAUCUUGUCACAUUCUUUUCGGCUGAUGUUAUUCCCGACACAACUUCAAGAUGUUCCGGUGUAACAACAAAUAUUCAUGAAUUCAUCACCUGGUUGGAUGAUUUACCAUUAAUUGGAGGAGGCGGGGAGUCGUGUAGUCACAUAACAGAGGGGUUGAGUACAGCUCUACAUGUUUUCGAUGAUCUGCAGAAAGUUCGAAUAGAUAUUGGAUUACCUGUGCAGCGACACUGUAUAUUGGUAUGCAAUUCUCCUCCGUACAAUCUCCCCAGCCAGGAAGGUGUUCGCUAUGUGGGGUACAUGGCAGACCAAUUAGCCAGCAUGAUGGCCAAGAGAGGGAUACACCUUUCAAUUAUCUCUCCAAGAAAAAUUCCAGCUCUUCAGAAGCUGUAUGAAGAGUCAACUCUACCCACAGACAUGUCUGCCCCAGUCAAAGACUUCACCACAGACCCCCGCCAUCUUGUGUUACUGCAUGGGUUCCAACUGGAGGAGAGAGCCCACAGUCCAGCUGGGGACCAUGUCAACAUAGAGAAGCCUGCAGAAAAUAAAAACCCGUCUAGUCCUGCCCCCCCAAGCUUUGCCCCCUCCACAGGAUUUUCACCAGCCCCUUCACUGAGUGAGGAUUCUACAGAAUUCAAAAAACCCAACACGACAUCUGGUGGAACUCCAUUCGGUACACAAGACUCCAUUGUAUCCAGUAUGCCAUCUUUGCCAUCUCCACAGCAACCUCAAAUGAGCCAGCCAUCCCCCUCCCAAGGAAUCUCCAUGCAGCACAGUCCAGCAAUGCCACCGAUGCAGCAGAACCCGCCUCAGCAACAACCCCAACAACAACCAAUGGUAUCACAGCCCCAAGUAACCAAUCAAAUGCCACCACAGUCUCAGUAUGAUCCAAUGAAAAUGCAGAACAUGAUGCCGAAUGACAUGCAGAAUAGGAGCACAGCAAUGGCCACCAAUCCCAUCAACCAACCCGUGUUCUCCCAGCCCACGAUGGAUCAACAGCCCAAUGUGAACAUGCCGGCACAGCCCGGUCAGCCCAACCAGAUGAAGGACAGGAAAAUCAUCUGGCAAGGGAUCCUUGAGUGGCAGGAGAAGAUGAAGGCGGGGGGACCCCAGACCCCCAAAGUCAACCGCCAGCUCCAGUGUCACCUGUCCAUAGGUCAGGCCGACCCAGAUAUAAAUGCCAUGAACUGGCCGAAGGUCCUGAUAAUGCAGUUGAUCCCCCAGUCCCUGUUGAACUCCACUCAGCUUCAGCCUCUCUUUAAAAACUCCCGCCAGGUGGCGUUCCACUUUGGCAGUCAGAACCUUGACGACCUAAGGAAUCUGUACAAAGUCAUGGGCACUGGUUUUGCUGGUUGUGUACACUUUCCAGCUGGGAGUCAGUGUGAGGUUCGCGUAUUACUGUUGUUGUUUAGCAACAAAAGAAGAGCCUUUAUCGGACUUAUCCCCAAUGACCAGACUGCGUUUGUAAACGGGAUAAGGAGUGUUAUCUACUCCCACAAAAUCAGGCAACAACAACAGCAGCAAAGACCGGAUCAGCAACCACAAAUGCCACAGCAGACAGGGUUUCCUGGGCCACAGCAAACCAUGCCCAACCAACCAGUGCAGAAUCCCCAAGGGGCCCAAUUUGGGGUACAACAGAUGCCACAGGUUAGCAUGCAGAAUCCCAUGAUGACUCAACAACAGGCGAACAUGCAAAAGCAAAUGCAGGCAACACAGAUAGCAAAACAGCAAGAACAACAGAAGCUACUGGCACAACAAAGAUUACAGCAACAAAGGCAACUCCAAAUGCAACAGAUGCAGCAGCAGCAACAGCAGCAGCAACAACCUGGUCUCAACAAUCAGCAGCAACAACAGCUGACUCAAUUGCUGAUGCAACAGCAGCAACAGGGCCAGAGACAACCCCAGAUGAUCAUCACCCAAGGGCGAGGCGGUCAGAUUCUACACCAGGGACACCAACAAGUGAUGGGGGGUGGGCAGGUGCUCCAGGGAAACAUGCCCCAAAUGGCUCAACAGGGCCCCUCUUCCGCUCCUCAGGGGGGUAACAUGUUUGAUGAUCUGAAUAUGGAAUUCUUAUGAACAAAUGUGCUUCAUUUUGUUUUUAUUAUAUAUACAUGUACUUAUUGAUGGGACACUUGUUAAACUGUUUUUGUGCUGUGUUGAUAAAUCAUGAACAGAACUAAUUUACAUGCAUGUACAGCUUGUAUACAUGCAUUUGCAUGAGGGGAAAGGUAGACAAAUGAAAAAUAAUUUACAGCUGAUAUCUAAAAUAUGAAUGUUUUGAUGUAAAUUUAAUGUUUUGAUGUAAAUUGUGCUCCAGAAUAUCUCAAAAUUAAAUAUGCUGUUUUUGGAAUUUUAUUUUGACAUUAUAUAUCAUUAAAAAUUUUCAUGAUUAAAAAAAGAACAUGUUCAGAUAUGGAUGACUAUCGUCUAUGAUAUCAGAUUGAUUAGAUUGUAUCAUCUGCCUUGCUUUAUCAUCAUCUACUUAAGAAACUACUUUGUUAUUUCUGUAUUGCUGGAGAGAGAGAGAGAGAGAGAGAGAUGCCACUAUUCGUCUAGCUGCAUAUCUGCCAAUAAUGUGGUUGUUUACAAUACAUGUAAACUAUAUGUUAAUUUUUACACUGUAUUUAAUGUGUUAAAAAUACUGAAGUAUGUUGGCUUCAAGUGAAGUCACUUUAAGCUUUAAAAAUGUUGUUAUGAAAAUUGAAAAUAAUAAUAAAAUGUCACAAUUGUGAUAAAAAAAAA